AUGUCACAACCACCAAUUGAUGGAGAAAAUGCUGAUAAUUUGGAAGAAAUAGAAAUGCAAUUUGCUGUGAAAGCAGUACAACAAGCAGAAACAUAUUGGUCAUUAUUAGAAAAAGUACCAGGAUCAAAAUUAAAAUUAACUAAACAUGAUGAUCAAAUAUUUGAACAAUUAUUAGAGGAUUUCCCACAAUUUAAAGACAGAUCUGUUGCAGAAACAAUAGAUGAAAAUGAAAUGAAAAGCCCACAAGGUAAAACAAAAUGGAGAGAAUUUUGUGAAAAAUUCAAAGAUAUUGAAGAUUAUAAUUUUGGUACUUUAUUGAGAUUGAAAGCAAGUGAUGAAUAUGGUCAGGAUACUACCAUGUUUGCCGUUAGAAUACAAUUUUAUGCUGUUGAAAUUGCAAGAAAUAGAUAUGGAUUAAAUGAUUGGAUUUGUAAAAGUGAAUCAAAAUAA